AUGGGUCCACAAGCUUUUCAAGGUUUGUGUGACAUUUUGAGGAGAGAUGGUGAUCUUCAAGACACACAGCGUGCCACAGUUGAAGAGCAAGUUGAGGAUCAAUUCCUUCGACAACCUAAUGGAACCCAAGUGCCACUUGAAAUACUACAAAGUAGUAGGUUCAACCCAUAUUUUAAGGAUUGUAUUGAGGCACUUGAUGGAACACAUGUUCGUGUCAAGGUGCCUAAUGAGGAUGCACCAAGAUAUCGGGGUUGGGAAGGAACUGCUUCAGAUUCAAGAAUAAUAAAGAAUGCUUUAACUAGAAGCGAUAACUUAAAAAUCCCACAAGGUAAAUAUUAUCUUGUUGAUGCGGGAUACAUGAAUAGAAGUCGUCUGAUUGCACCUUAUAGGAGAGUGCAUUAUCAUUUAAAAGAGCACUCUGUUCGUCCCCCUGAAAAUGCUAAAGAAUUGUUUAAUUUGCGACAUGCGUCAUUGCGCACUGCUAUUGAAAGAGCAUUUGGUGUACUUAAAAAGAGAUUUCCUAUCAUAACAAGUACUAUAGAGCCUAAUUAUUGUGUUGACACCCAAAAUGAAAUCAUUUUAGCAUGUUGCAUACUUCAUAAUUAUUUAAUGGGUGUCAAUCCUGAUGAAAGUCUUAUUGCUGAAGUUGAUGAAGAGGUUUUGCAUUCUCAUCGUGAACGUGUAGCCCCUACUCCAAGAGAAGAUGAUGAGGAUGUUAGGCAAGGAGAUAUUAUAAGAGACUCUAUAGCAUUAGCCAUGUGGCAAAACUAUGUCCAAAUGUGA